AUGGGCGGGAUCGAAUUUAAUAAUGGCAGUUUGGGGAAUAGAAUCAAAGUUUGUCGGGAGUCAGAGAGCACGGGAAUGGAAGCUAUUAGUGCUGUUAAAGACGAGCUGUUCGUGCGAUUCUUUCGUGAGGCCUGGCCUUAUUUUCUUGCUCACAGAGGCAGCAUUUUUGUUAUCGUGAUCUCUUCUGAAAUUGUCGAUAGCUCUCACUUAGAUCCCAUUCUCAUGGAUAUUUCUUUACUGCAUGGGCUUGGAAUCAAAUUUGUUAUUGUACCCGGGACCCGUGUCCAAAUAGACAGGCUUCUGGCUGAAAGAGGAUGUCAACCCAAGUAUGUGGGUCGUUACAGAAUCACGGACUCUGAUGCUCUUAGUGCUGCUACUGAUGCAGCAGGGAGAAUUCGAAUCAUGAUUGAGGCGAAGUUAUCCCCUGGGCCUUCCUUGAGUGGUGUCCGCCGUCAUGGAGACAAAAGCCAGUUGUAUGAUGGUGUGAGCGUUGCUAGUGGUAAUUUUUUAGCAGCUAAGAGAAGAGGAAUAGUUGAAGGAAUUGAUUAUGCAUCAACUGGUGAAGUUAAGAAAAUAGAUGUCUCUCGCAUUCGUGAAAGGCUUGAUCAAGACUGUAUAGUUCUUCUGAACAAUCUCGGUUAUUCAAGCUCUGGAGAAGUAUUAAAUUGCAACUCAUAUGAAGUUGUCACAGCUUGUGCAAUGUCUCUUGGAGCAGAGAAACUCAUUUGCAUAAUAGAUGGACCAAUUCUAGAUGAUUGUGGACGACUUAUUAGUUUCUUAACUCUUCAAGAUGCGGACAUGUUAAUUCGCAAGCGGGCUAAGCAAAGCGAGACAGCUGCUAAUUAUGUAAAAGCUGUUGGUCAGGACGAUUUCGCUUGUGUACCAUAUUAUGAUUCAAAUCGAACAGCCCCUUCACAAAAGGGGAAGGCUUUUAGCGAGAGAUACAUUCCAAAAUUUCAGAAUGGUGUUGGUUUUGACAAUGGAAAUGGACUUUGGUCCAGUGAACAAGGUUUUGCUAUAGGAGGUCAAGAAAAACUCACUGGAUUGAAUGGUUACCUCUCUGAAUUAGCUGCUGCAGCAUUUGUUUGUAGAGGAGGUGUGCAAAGAGUUCAUCUUUUAGAUGGGACUAAUGCUGGAGUUUUAUUAAAGGAAUUGUUUCAAAGAGAUGGAGUUGGUACCAUGGUGGCUAGCGAUCUUUAUGAAGGAACUCGGAUGGCUAGAGUUGCAGAUCUCCCUGGAAUCAAACAACUUUUGCAACCUUUAGAAGAUUCUGGCACAUUGAUAAGAAGGACCGAGGAAGAGCUACGUAUAGCACUGAAUUCAUUCAUAGUCGUUGAAAGAGAAGGUCAAAUUAUAGCCUGCUCCGCUCUUUUUCCAUUUUUUGAAGACAAGUGUGGAGAGGUUGCUGCUAUUGCUGUUUCUCCUGAAUGUCGAGGGCAAGGACAAGGAGACAAAUUACUUGAUUACAUUGAGAAGAAGGCAUCUUCGCUUGGACUGCAAAUGCUUUUCCUGCUGACAACACGAACAGCAGAUUGGUUUGUAAGGCGUGGCUUCUGCGAGUGUUCCAUCGAAUGUAUACCUCAGAAAAGGAGGGAAAAGAUCAAUCUAUCUCGAAGAUCGAAGUACUACAUGAAGAAUCUUCAACCUGAUAGGAGCGGUAUCCAUCUGGACACAGCCUUUUCCUGA